AUGUUCAAGGCUCAUCUGCAACAGAACACUGCAUCUUUCCUCUGCACCACCCUGUGCGUGUUCACUUCUCACCCACUCUUGUCACACCCCCGCUCAUGCGCCAUUUUCCCACCCACUCCUCGCCUUGGCUCUCCCUGCCCUCGCCCCCCCUUCUUUACAGUGACAUGUCAGCCAACCAGUGACAGGGUGACUGCCAUUGCCCCUGUCGCCCUACCUGCAGCCAACCAGUUCCCGCCCUACCUACCCUACACCCACCGCAACUUCUUCUUCCACGGGACCAUCAUCCCGCCCGAGGCCAACCACACCUACCUUGGCAACGCCUUUGAGCAUUGUCUGCUCAACGCAUCCCGGGCGCCUGGAGACUACUUGGAGCAGAGGAGUGCAGAGGAGUGUGGUGCGUUCUGUGGGGUUGCUGCUGGGGAUUGCCAACCCCUGUGCAGCGGGCAUGGCAUGUGCUCCUUCAGUGAGUCUGUGCAGGAAUCAACAACAGCAGUCUCCCUGGCAGGUGCAGCAGCGCAACCAUUCAAUGGCACCAUCAUCCUCACGCCCCCCACCAGCAACACGUCAGGAGCAGCACAGUGCAGCGCCCAUCUGCCUCUUCCUUUUGAUUGA